AUUCUAUUAAAUUUUAAAUCUAACCUCAAUAACCAUAAACCUCAAAAACAUAAGUUAUGACGCAAGAUAACACUGUUUUAGUCCAUUCUGCUGAUUAUUUUGUUAAUAUUCUAUUUAUCCAACAUUUUCCAUAAAGACAAAAUGAGUAAAUUAUUUAAAGUGUUUGUUUAUGGAACCCUAAAAAGUGGUCAACCUAAUCAUCAUUGGUUUUCAAAGGAUGGUGGUUAUUAUAAAUUUCUUUUUAACGCAACAACACUAAUUAAGUAUCCUUUAAUUAUCGCUAGUCAAUAUAACAUUCCAUUUUUAUUAUACAGCCCAGGACAUGGUAAAAAUGUAAAAGGUGAAGUUUAUGAAGUUGAUGAAACCGUUUUGGCCAAUUUGGAUAUAUUAGAAGAUCACCCGAAUUGGUAUCAAAGACAACUUGAAGAUGUUUAUUAUGAUAAUGAUGAAAAUAAAAAAGAUAAAGUAUGGGUAUAUUUCAUUAAAAAAUUUAAAUCUGAAUUACUUGAGAAAGAUACAUUUGAAUGCUAUGAUAGCAAAGGAGCACAUGGAUUGAAAUAUGUUGAAAGUGAAAAUCUUACUGUGGAAGAAUUUUUAAAUGGACCUGUAUAAAUUUUGAUUGAAAUAAAUAGAAAUUUUAUUGUUUAUUUUGACUUUAAGACAUAGAUAAUAAACAUUCCUUUGUGGUUAGAAUAGUUA